AUGUCGAGAGGGCGCACGGCACUGGUGACGGGAGGUGCUCGGGGUUGCGGGCUAGCAUUUGCGCGGGGACUCGCUGAGGAUGGCGCAGAUGUAGCUGUGUUUGAUGUUGUUUCACCAGAGGAAGGAUUCCAUGCAAUUGAGAAAGACUGCGGUGUCCGAACUGCGUAUUACAAAGUCGAUGUCUCAUCCCAGCAAUCGUUGCAAGAAGGGUUCGCCACCUUCCAGAAGGAUUUUGACAAUGCUCUUGAUAUUUGCGUUCCAUGUGCCGGUAUUAAUCGCCAUCUCCCAUUCCUCGAGUUUACCUACAAGGAUCAUCAAGAUCUACUAUCUAUCAACGUCCUCGGACUUUACUUCACUGCCCAGCUUGCAGCCAAGCAAAUGAUCGCAAACAAAACGAAACAUGGCAGCAUUAUUUUAGUCGCCAGUAUGGCGAGUCAUAUUGCUGUGCGCAGCCAGCUAUGUUCGGCUUAUUGUGGCACGAAGGGCGCGGUCAGAUCGAUGUGUCCUGCGAUCGCUAAAGAGCUGGCUGAAUAUGGUAUCCGAGUCAAUUCUAUCUCUCCAGGAUACGUUCGAACAGAAAUGACGGCCUCAUUCCCCCAUCUCCUGGACGGCUGGAAAUCCGAAGCCAUGAACGGCCGAAUUGCCCAACCAGAAGAUAUCAUGGGGGCGUGUGUAUUCCUCGCAAGCGACGCGAGUUCGUACAUGACCGGGUCGGACAUUGUUGUGGACGGUGGGGUGACACGAUGGUGA